AUGGGCAAAUCAUCCAAGGACAAGCGCGAUGCUUAUUACCGUCUUGCCAAGGAGCAAAAUUGGCGCGCCCGUUCCGCCUUCAAACUUAUCCAGAUUGACGAGCGAUUCGACCUAUUCGAGCACGAGAACCCGGACAAUGUGACGAGAGUUGUGGAUUUGUGCGCUGCACCUGGAAGUUGGAGUCAAGUACUCAGCCGUGUCUUGAUCAAAGGCGAAAGCUUCGGGCGGCGGGCAUGGCUCGAGAAAAAGCGGAUUGAACAGCAGGGAUUGGAGGCAGCGGAGACAACGACGACCGACGGUGAUAGAAUGGACUGCGAUGAGUCCUCCCCAAGCUCCGAAUUAAAGCCCCGGAAGAAUGUCAAGAUCGUAUCCAUCGAUCUACAACCCAUGGCACCGCUAGAAGGUAUCACAACCCUUAAAGCUGAUAUCACACACCCCUCUACGAUCCCUCUCCUCCUGCGCGCACUGGACCCAGAAGCAUACGAACAACCACCCAUCCCCUCCGACGCUCCAUCAUCAGUCACAGCAGCUAUCAGACAACCUCACCCCGUCGAUCUUGUUAUCUCCGACGGUGCCCCAGAUGUAACAGGCCUGCAUGACCUAGACAUUUAUAUUCAAUCACAACUCCUCUACGCAGCCUUAAACCUUGCUAUGGGAGUUCUAAGACCUGGCGGCAAGUUCGUCGCCAAGAUCUUCCGCGGCCGCGAUGUCGACAUUCUCUACGCGCAACUGCGGACUGUCUUUGAGCGUGUCAGCGUCGCGAAGCCGCGCAGUAGUCGUGCUAGUUCCUUGGAGGCAUUCGUGGUCUGCGAAGGCUUCAUUCCACCUGUUAGUGACAGCGGGGUGGUCGGUAUGGCCGCAUUGAAAAAUCCACUCUUCGGCGGUGCCGCAGCUCCAGUGUCCGUGUCAGAAGAUGGCAAUGUGGGCAAGGAAGUCCGCGAGGAAAUCGACGAGGACACACAGGCCCGAAAUACCGUGGCGCAACCCGCCGCAAUUAGCAGCCCUGCGCCCAAUCACUUCACUGAAGUCCGCCACCUUCAGACCACAACAUCACAAGACCAACCCCAACCCCAACCUCAGAAACUGUCCAACAAGUUCGCUGUUGAGAAUCGGUGGAUUCCGGCUUUUAUUGCUUGUGGUGAUCUUUCUGCUUGGGAUUCCGAUGCGACAUACACCCUACCUCCGGAUUAUGUUAAUCUGGAUCCUAUUCAGCCACCCACUGCACCACCGUAUCGUCGGGCAUUGGAGUUGAGGAAGGAAAUGGGUGGUGCAUAUGGAAAGACAAAGUAUGGGCACAAAUAG